CAGGCAGGUGUGUCCUUCCUGCCAACGGAAAAUGAUCCGAUCGGAUGCAGUGAGGACCAGCAGGGCAAGAGUUGAGAGGACAUAGGGCCAAUUUAUCGAGAUCUGCUUAUUGCUGGCUACACUUUUAGGUGGUUGUGAUUGUCCCUUAAACCUCAAGCAGCAGUGCCAUUUGCUAGGAAUCGCCCUUCCCUUGAGAGCUUCCAAAAAUCACACUUGGAGGAUUCCUGGAUGCCAAGGAAUGCUGCCUGGAUGGGAAAGAAUAUUCCCACCACCUGAAUCUCCUAUUCUGGCCAGGUUUAUUUUCAGCAACAACAAUGAUAAACAUAUUGGUGAUAGCAACAAAUGGUAAACAAUCAUAUGGAAUAAUAAUAAAAAAAGUGAACAUUUCCGUAUCCAGAGAAAGGAGAAUAGAAAAGAAUGACCUGGAGAAAAAUCAUAAAAUAGAAAGAUCUGUGGAUAGAAGCAGAAUGGCUGUGGCAAAAGAAAGCCCAAACAUCUGGAGCAUUACUCAUCCCCGUUGACAAAUUCACCAUCCGUCAAUUGCGAAAGUCAGCUUUACUUGGAACAGCUUACACCCUGCGGAUGAUAUCUUCAAUGCCAUCAAACAAUAUCUGCCUAUCCCAGUUCAUGGGAAGGAUUCAGUAGCUGUGAAAGACCCCCAGGCAAUUGAAAGAACAAAUCUAUUGAACAUGGCUAAACUGAGUAUAAAGGGACUCAUUGAAUCUGCUCUAAGCUUUGGGCGAACUCUUGAUUCUGAUUAUCCACCUCUCCAGCAGUUUUUUGUUGUCAUGGAACACUGCCUGAAACACGGCCUGAAAGUAAAGAAAUCUUUUCUAAGUUAUAAUAAAACAAUAUGGGGCCCUCUAGAACUUGUAGAGAAAUUGUAUCCAGAAGCUGAGGAGAUUGCUGCUAGCGUUAGAGAUUUACCUGGUCUCAAGACUUCAUUAGGACGCGCUCGGGCUUGGUUACGUUUGGCACUUAUGCAGAAAAAAAUGGCUGAUUAUCUCCGAUGUCUCAUCCUUCGGAAAGAUCUCCUCGGGGAAUUUUAUGAAUACCAUGCAGUGAUGAUGGAAGAAGAAGGAGCCGUCAUUGUUGGAUUGCUUGUUGGGUUAAAUGUCAUUGAUGCAAACUUGUGCAUAAAAGGAGAAGAUUUGGAUUCACAAGUUGGCGUAAUUGAUUUCUCCAUGUAUCUAAAGAGUGACGAUGACACUGAACAUAAAGAAAGAAAUGACCAUGUUGCUGCAAUAUUGGAUCAGAAGAAUUAUGUUGAAGAAUUAAACCGACAAUUGAAUAGUACAGUCGGCAGCCUCCAUACCCGCGUUGAUUCACUAGAGAAGUCAAACACUAAAUUAAUCGAAGAGUUGGCGAUAGCUAAAAACAAUAUAAUUAAACUACAAGAAGAAAACCAUCAUUUAAGAAGUGAAAACACACUCAUUUUAAUGAAAACACAACAUCAUCUGGAGAUGAAUAAAGUAGAUGCUGAAGCAGAACUUCAGACAUAUAAACAUUCCCGACAAAGCCUGGAUGAAAUGUACAAUGAAGCACAUAGACAGCUUCGAGAAGAGUCACAGUUAAGACAAGAUAUAGAGAAUGAAUUGAUGGUCCAAGUUGGUAUGAAGCAUGAGAUAGAACUUGCAAUGAAGUUAUUGGAGAAAGAUAUACAUGAAAAGCAAGACACUCUUAUAAAUCUGCGGCAACAGCUGGAGGAAGUCAAAGUGAUAAAUACAGAAAUGUAUCAAAAACUGCAGUUUUCAGAUGAAGCCAUGAAAGAAAAGAAUGAAAUAAUUGGUCGCCUGGAGGAUAAAACUAGUGAGAUUACCGCAACUAUGAAGCAUCUGGAACAAAGAUUGCAGCAAGCAGAGAAGGCUCACAUGGAAGCAGACAGUGAGGACAAGAAAGUUAAACAAGAUUAUAUGAAUAAAUCUGAAAGUCUUCAGAAAGAAAUUGCCCAAAAGGAAAACCAAGUGUGUCAACUGGAGACAGAUUUGAAAAUAGAAAAAGAAUGGAGACAAACCAUGGAAGAGGAUCUUAAAAAGGAAAAAGAAACGACCUGUUUUCUACAAACAGAGACUCAGCAAAUCAUUACACUUAAAAAAGAAUUCCUAAAGUUACAGGGAAAUAACAAGCAAUUGAGAAAUCUUUGUCACGAUCAAGAAGAAGCUCUCCAAGAACUAGCUGGCAAACUUAGCGAAUCAAAGCUUAAAAUAGAAGACAUAAAAGAAGCAAACAAAACACUUCAGGGCCUGGUCUGGUUGAAGGACAAAGAAGCUACUCACUGCAAAUUAUGUGAAAAAGAAUUUUCUCUUUCCAAGAGGAAGCAUCAUUGUAGAAACUGUGGUGAAAUUUUCUGCAAUGCCUGCUCUGACAACGAGUUGCCUUUGCCAUCUUCACCAAAGCCGGUUCGGGUCUGUGACUCCUGUCAUGCACUACUCAUACAAAGGUGUUCUUCCAAUGUGCCCUAAGUCUUCUGCAGAAGUUAUAAGACAUUCACCCUAUGAGAAUGAGUAUAUAUAUAACUGCAAUUCCGGCUUAGCGCCCUUAAUGUCAACAUGAUGGAAACACUUGUCACUACGUCUUUGUGCCAUUGUUCUUGCAACACCAGAAUCAAAGUCUUUGUUUUGUACAGUUGCGCUGAGGCAAUGAUUGAAAUGCAUCUGCUUUGCAGUUCUGUUUCUGCUGUUUUAUGUUGUCAGAGGGCUAUUCUAGUAUGUGGUGCAGAAUUGACCUUGUAAUGAAAGCUUUAUGCUGAGAACAGGGAAGCAGAGAAGCUGACAUUGGAGCUAGAUAACGUUUACAUCAACUGCACUAUUUGUGUAGUUUUUUUGUCCUCCCCAACACUUCCACUGAAAAAGCAUUGUUGCUUUAUGUGUGGGCAAAGUUGAAUGAGGCAAAUUAUAAACAAAUAUAUAUUUGUUCAGAUGUGGCAGAACUCAGUUAUUUUCCCCAGUGUUUCUACACAAGUUGGCCUCAGAUUCCAGUUUCUGGGCAACAGUUAAUGCAGGUUUGUAUUGAAUGUAGUUGGUAGAGUUAGAGGAUCUAGCUUAGCAAGAUGGAAGGAUUUGCUUCUCAUAGGGAAAUUCAUAUUCAGGAUCCAUCUAGGACAGACAGCUCAGGGCUGAAUGAUUUCCAUUCGGGGGUUCAGAUGAGAAAGGUUACAUCUCUUAUACUGUUAAACCUCUGGAAUCAAAAUCCAUGGUUAACUUCCCCAACUGGUUAACAUGCAGCACUUGCAAUAGUUGCAAAAUAAUCCUUUAUAUAUCAAGGAAGGGUAGUACGCACACUUGAGGGAUGUCUCUUUCCUAUACAGUGGUUGUCAGACAAGUGAUGCCUCAUAAAAAAGAUUGGCAGAGUAGCAAUUUUAGAUCAGUUCUCCAUAUAUUGUAUAAGAUUGGUUGGGGUAAUUUGUGAAAAGAAUGUAUCUUAAAAUUUGUCUCCAAGAACUCGAGACUAGUCUAGCAGGACUUUUUGUAUAAAUAGAGCUUUUAUACUUACACACAAAACAAUUUGCACUUCUUUUUAAUGUAAACUUAAGUUAUUCGAAAUGAUCUAGAAGGAAUCUAAAUUACAAAAUAGCCGAUUGCCAAAUGAAUUGUUAACAGGACAGGACAAUGUUGCUUUUACUUGUCUUGUAGGAAAAUGUGUGUGUGUGGGGCUCCUUAUUCAAGGCAACUUUUUGGAAAACCACUAUCUAAUUAACAAUUUUACUUGAAAAAUGGAGGGUGUCAUUUAAAAAAAUGGUAGUCUUCUUGUACUGGUGUGUUAUUUCUAAUAGAUGUUGAGAACAGUUUUUAAUGUGAAAGCAUUGCCUAUUGAAAAGUUGCAAUGCAUUUUUCCAUUGGAUUGAUCUAAACCAAACCAACCUCCCUCCCCCUUUUUGAAUCUUCCUCUUUUUGAUUCCUCUUUCACAACUGGGUACCUUCCAGAUAUAUUUAAAAAAUAUUGAGUUGCAAUAUAAGAUCAGUACAGAAUUCUGAAGGCAAAUAGAAUUACUGAGGUCAAUAAAAUUUGUUGCAGUGAUGUGCUGUUCAGUAAUUUUAAUUAGUUUUCAGUAUUUCAGGAAUACUAUCUAGAUAGUAUUCCUGAAAUAGACAAUCUUUUAUAGGUUUGAGGUAGUACAAAAAAUUGCUGGGGAACUCCCUGCCUGUAAAAAGCUGUUGGGGUAGAACCAGGCAACCACAUGAAUUGAGUUCUGUUAUGAGAGGCUGGAUUCUUAGCACUGGCUGGGGAAUUCUGGGAGUUGAAGGCCACACAUCCUAGCUGCUGAAGCUGAGAAACGCUACUUUACUGGAUCAUUCAGUGAGCAGGACUCUUUUAAGGGAGAAAGGUAGUUUCUAACUUGAUAAUUCUGAAAUGCUUGUAUCAAAAUGUCAAAGUAAGCCUUAACAAACAUGGAACCGAUUUUCUAAUAAAUGUUCUAAUAAUUACAAGCUCAUGAGUUAUUAACUUUAACACAUGAUCAUUUAUCAUCCCCCCCUUCCUGUAUCAGUUGUGAGAUGGUUGAAUUUUAUUGCUUAAUCAGCAGGGCUGUGAAGUGGUUCAGAUUCAAUUCCCAAAUCGUGCUUUGGACGCUUGUCACUAACAGUUCUUUAAGUAUGUUCUCACAUGAGUUUGCAAGAAAGGUACAAUUCUGAGAAAAGACGCACAAACACGCACACUUAAUAACUGCAGACAGGCUCUGAAAUAUUUGGGGGACUGAUUCCAAAUGAGUAAUUUUAUUGGCUGUAAAAUCAGCUCCUCUUCAAUUUCAGGUGAUAAAUUUGAUCCAAACUCAAAACUAUCCAGCCUUUGAAGAAAUAUGAGCUUACAAUCUUCAUCAAAUUUUAUUUGAUUAUCCAUUUCUUAUGUACAGACAUUGUCUAAGAACAAGCUAUUAAUUUCUUUGGUGGAAAUAUGCCAAGAUUUUAAAUUGACUGUAUAUUUUGAAAGUUUUUUUU